AUGGAAUUUCACUGCUCAAUAAAUGCGGCAGCUCAAGGGCAGAUUACGGCUCUAAGUUGCGACAAUUCUAGACGUGAAGUAAUUUGUGGAACGGAGAACGGGACCAUCAACUUUUGGGAUGUGAAAUUAAUGAGCAAAAUAUCCGAACAAAACGUUCAUUAUUCUUGGAUAACAUGCAUUUGGUACUGGGAAAAACAACGGACGGUUAUAUCAACAAGUCAGAAUGGUCGUUUAGUAUUUUGGCAAGGUCUGAUGCCUACGGAAGUUUUAAUUGUAUACCAACCCAUUUACAUAACUAUUGCAGUAGACAGAAUUCGCUCACUUAUUUGCGGGGUCAACGAUGGUCUAAUAACGUACGACUUGGAUCCAAGGAGGUUAUAUGGUACCUUCAUCAUCCAGAAAAGUCAGAAGAAGUUGAGGGGUCAUAAAGACAUUGUUCAGUGCCUGACUCAAUCGGACCACCGGCUCUAUUCGGCGGGAUUCGAUGGAAGGCUGGUUGUCUUUGAUAGCAGUGGCAACGUUGAAUCCACGCUUAAUCGCCUUCGUACCAUUCGGGGAGCACAUUCAGGAAUUAUUUCUUGUCUGACCACCGCUCGAAACGCUGAAAACCAAUUUGUCCUACUCAGUGGUGGUUUCGAUCGAUUUGUGAAGCUAUGGAAUGAAGAGGGUCAGCUAAUGAGCAUCGUUCACAGAUGUUCGGAACCGAUCACAAGUAUGACAUUUGUCCCCAUGACAAACACAUUUUGGGUGGCCUUCAUCCAUUCAGCUGUUCGGAUAUUCGACAUUCAAACAGCUGCUGAUGUCACCGAUGUGUGUUCUUUCCUUGAGCAAUCACAAAUUAGGAAACAUCACACCACCCUAUUGAAGUGCUUCCAUGAUCUGAAUCUCGUUGUCGGUUCCACGGACCGCAGUCGUCUAAUAUUUUGGCGUGGAAAUACCAGCACAAGCUUAUCGCGUAUGUCUUCCGGGGCAGGAAUCCAAACGAUAGUCGCAGGUUUGCACGAUCCGACGGCCUUCUUUUCCACGGGAACCAAUGACAACUUAUUAAAGUGGGAACGUAAAGAUCGAACUCAUUUCUCAUAUGUUUCUGAGGAAAUCCACAUUCACGAGUCAAUGAAACAGAGUCUGCUGGACACAGUGAACCAACGGCUUCGAGAGGUUCAUGUCCCACGGGAUGACAUCCAUGCUUUCAAAGCCAUGUUCCCGCCGACUAUAUUUUUAACUUCCUCGACAACGACAGACAGACCGUGCUACUCGGCAUCAUGCACAUCAAUAGCAACAGAACGAAGUGAUUCAAUUACAUCGCUUACUAGUCGAAGGAGCAAGCAGAAGACCCGAGACAAGCUGUCUCGUCAAAUCGUCUUCAAGAUAGACGAAAAUCGCGCUCAGACCUUUCUGAAGGCUAUUUACGUCAAAGAACUGGAUGCCGUGGUCGCUGCUUGUGUGGAUGGUGUAGUGUAUGUACUGGGCUACGAUACGGAAGGAACGAAACGAUUCUUGUUGAGCAUAGGCGACCAGGAAGUCCCCAUUUCUUCGGUCGACACUCCUGCGUGUCAAAAAGAAGUACGUGCAGCUUCAGACGAGAGAUUAUGCGAGAUCAUGAAUAUACUGAUGUCGCAGGCGAAAAAGAUUACUGGAAAUGACCAGGUUACUUGUGAGCCAGUGAAUCGGCCCCCGUCACCACGAUUUCAGCAAAUGGAUAAUGUCGUCAAGUCCAACGCACCUCAAGUGGACGAUGAAGUACUGGUGUCCAUAAGUGAUCACUUGUUUGGAUUACGAUGCCGUUUUGCUCUGUGUGCACACAAGGAUUGUGUCACCAGCGUCGUCGUCCUACCUCCGAAGCUGAAUCCAUCAGGAACAUUUGUUCUGCUGUCAAGCGGAUGGGAUCGCCGAAUAUACAUUUGGGAUUUGGAACGCGGAACACUGAUCGACAACUAUCGAAACACAAGUUGCAAUGACCCAGAAAUGCAGUGGAACGCAGCGGACGGGGCCAUUCUAGAUAUGGCGUACAGUGAUGAGCUCCAGGAGUUCGCGUACUGCAGUUCAGAUUGGAAUGCGUACGUCCGUCGUGCGUGCGUACAAGGCACGCAGAUGCACCUAGUGGACAAAUUUGUGGGACAUCGCGCGGACGUGACCUGCGUCAUGUAUAGACCGAAAGUAAAGCAACUUUCAGGCGAUGGAGAGGCUGAGAACAGUGAUUAUGGUGAAUGGAUUACUGGCUCAUAUGACUGUACCAUUCGGGUGUGGCCCGCACACAAAAACGGGAAAUGUCGUCUGAAUCUGCACACUGGUGGACCCGUCAUCUGCUUCACUUGGGAAGACAAACGGGGCAUUCUGGUUGCCGGAAUUGACAAAGAUGUGAAAACAUACGACUUGGACACGGGCCAUAUGUAUCAGCAUUAUGCGGGUCACGUGGACGCCAUACACUCUAUCCUUGCAUUGACAGAAUGGGAUCAGUACAUCACAGCUGGUGCUGAUGGACAACUUCGAAUUUGGCGCGCAUGGACAGGCACAAAAAUGAGGUCACAAUCUGGUGCUUCCAGUCCACGGGACGCCGACGAUCAAUGCAUUGUGGAUGCCGCAUUUAAGGCGGCCCGAACAGCCAGUAUUGCACUCUGGUCAAAUCCGGCCGCUGCAGUGGGAGCGGCUGCUCGCGCCUUCACAGAAGUCCGUCAUCCGGAGCAUUGUGCAUGACACAGAGACCGUAUCAAUGUGGUAGAUCUCAGAAACCUUCGCAUUGCGUAGCAAAUUUGAGAGGAAUUUGUGCAAACAUACCAUGGGCAGAUAAACUGUGCAUAUACAGAAACAGAUUUAUUCAGGAAGAGCGCACCUGCAUGCGUGGUUUAAGCUGAUGGAUUAAAUCAAGCUGAGCGAUGUCUCG